AUGAAAUUCAAGGAAAUCACCAAAAAUCCCAUUUUUGAAAACUGCUUAUAUUACAUUACUCUUCACAUUCAUUAUUAUGUCUCACCAACUAAACCAUGUUCGGCAUUCGAUAAUGAGAUCUUGAUCAAUGCUGAAAUUCCCUGGCAAGAAACCAACAUUGCAAAGUGGGAGAUCUUUAAUAAAACCGACUUAGAUACGAAUAAAUAUGUUUAUGUGGAUACCCUAAAUUACGGCGCUUCUUCGUAUUUUAAGAUGUCUUCGACGUUUCAUGGUUAUAAAUCUUACGCUGGCAGCUGUGUUGCGAUAUGCUUCUCUCUUUUUCGUAUAUAUGUUUCUAUUAACGAUACGAUCCCGCAGCAGAUUGAAAAAUUGAACAAUGAAAUUAGAGACUAUGAACAGUUACAAGAACAACAGCAACAACCCUUAUUGAUGAUCUUCGUCUUUAUAGAUUGUGUAUUCAACCUUCUUCCUCUAGUCUUUAACAUCCCGCUUCUAGUCAUUCUUGCCAAGCUAUUAAUCUGCCUCUCCGUGUUUUGGACACCACGUUUUCGAAAAUUAUUACAAAAAGAAACCCCAUUAGUGUUCUCUCUUGUUUUGAACAGCCCGAUCCUCCCCCUUUGUAUUAUUUCCUCACCUGUUUGGAAGUUGGUUUCCAUAACAGUGGCUACAGUUUGGACCAGUUUGCCAUUGGACUUUAAUCAUGUACUAAAAAUCUUGGGUACUGUUUAUUUGGUGUGGAGAAUCAUUUCAGGCCUCUGCAGUUUAUUAAUAGCUCGGGCUAAAAAAUACGAAGCUUCUGUUAACAAGUCAAUAAACGAACCAACCAACACCGCAGAAAGGCUCGCACCUUUGGGAAUUUUCAUCUACGCUUUAAUCAAACUGUCUGUUUGGGUGACGGGAGUGCGGGCCAUUUGGUCUAUGAUCUUUGCAUCAGGAUCUCCACCACCAAAUCCUGCAGCCUUUGUUACUGUCUCCCCAGAAUUCUAA